AUGGCCUCCACCGUUACCGACGCCCAGCGUGCUUCUCGCCUGUCCAAGGCUUUUCGGGACGUCACCCAAGGCGGGAGGGCAAUCACCACACCUGCCGUUGCCCGCCUGUUCCUUGAGGCGAUCCGGACGAACCCUUCUCCGGCUGCUUGUUUGGAGACCAUCAUUGCUAGCGAUGUUGCCAAGGAUGCCGUUCGACACAGCAUCCGGAUCGACUCAUCGACCUCCUUCGUCCAAAAGCACGUCAUUCCCUUCGUUGCGUACCUGAGCGAUCCCGGAGUGAAGAUGAUGUACAACGGCGACCUCCUUCGUCAGCUCCUGCUUAUCAUCGCCCAGCCCCCCGUACUCUGGGGCAACCUCUUGCGCACCUAUCGGGCAUCUGAGUUGACAGAAGGCGAGCUCUACGUGUUUGCCUGGCUCUGCUUCGAGCUGGCAAGCCUUUCUGACAAUGGGCUUGACAACAUCGUCGACGAUAUAUCUGCCGCCUUGGAGCAAGCACCGCUGAAGGAGGCCCAGGACCACAGGACCCGUGACCUCACUUACAGAAUCAAGAAGGUGCUGGACCUCAGAUCGUCCGCCUCCCCCGACCAGGGCCUUGAGGCGGCUGGCGGCCGUCAUGACAACGACUUUGCCAAUUUUCGGGACAUUCUCAUCUUUCCCACCAGUGACGAGUUUUACUCGAGUGCCUUGCCCUUCUACCGUCGCGCGGCUGAAAUCGCCAGCGUCGACUACGCGCAGCGCCCGCGCGUGCAUCUCGAUAACCAAUUCCGCCUUCUCCGCGAGGAUAUGCUCGCAGAGCUUCGAGACGACCUGAAAAUAUCCACGGGCAGGAAGAAGAGCAACAAGAAAGCCCAGAUCCUCGCCGGGCUGAGACCCAUCGGCAUCGACACUGGCGACGACAAACGAAGCCACUCCUGUGCUGUGCGUGUUGCUUGCUACGAGGGGCUCCAGUUCCUGAGGAAGCUGACGCCAGCGGGGCGUAAGACCUUUCUGGACGACCACAAGAGCGUCCUCCGCCAUCAGUCUUUUGGUGUCUUGUGCGGGGACAAGCACAUCAUCGCCUUCGCCUUCCUCCUUCGUGAUGUGGAUGAGCUUGUCAAGAGUCCGCCCGUCGUCGCCCUGCAGUUCACCAGCAGCGAUGCCACUGCCAGAGCUCUGCUGGCCCUUAAAGCGCCCGCGAGCCUAAAGUUCAUCCUGGUCGAUACUCCCGUCUUCGCCUACCAACCUGUUCUGGAAUGCCUACGAGACAUAGUAGAGAUGCCCCUCGGAGGGGAGUUGCUUCGCCUUGGAACUGAUGACGAGGGCGACCGCUCGCCCACUCCCUUGCAGCAGUCCUCCCACAUUCAGAUCUAUAUUGAGAAGCUACAACAGCUCGUCGAGUCCAAAUCGCACAGGCUCGUCCUCGGUGAACCGGGCCCCCGUGGCCCCCGUGGCCUCCGUGAACGACGCUUCGACCUUGACGGGUCUCAGAUUCUGUCUCUGCUGCACGCGCUGGAGAAUUCGGUGGCCCUCAUUCAAGGACCUCCUGGAACCGGCAAAUCCUUCGUGGGCGCACUGGCAGCCAAGAUCCUACUGACGGAUCCGUCAAAACGUAUUCUGGUGCUCAGCUACACAAACCAUGCGCUCGACCAGUUUCUGGAGGAUCUCAUGAAGAUCGGUAUCCCGGCAAGCGAUAUGGUGCGACUGGGCUCCAAGUCUACAGAGGCAACCGCGUCGCUAUCCCUGGACAAACAGCUUCGCGAAGCGACCACUUUCCGCCGAAGUCAUCGGGCAUGGCAACUCAUUGACGGAGUGAAGGAAGAGCUCGGUAUAGUCAGAGACGAAAUCGAUCAUGCAUGCAGCGGCCUGGUCCGAGGGAGAGUCAGCUCAACGGAGAUGUUGAGUUUUCUCGAGUUUUCCGAAAAUGAGCAGAACUUCUAUGAGGCCUUUCUUUUACCCGAACAGGAGCAAGGCUUCAAGAUUGCGGGCAGCAAAAAUCAAGAGAUGACGUCCGCCCACUUGCUCGAACGGUGGGCGCAGGGGCAAGGUGCUGGCCAACUCCGCAACCUCAUGUCGCCUUCGAGCAAGCGUAUCUGGAACUUAUCCAAAGGGGAGAGGUCCCAGCACCUCCAGACCUGGACAAAGUGUAUACAGAAGGAGCAGAUCGAGGCGGUCCAAGGUCUGGUCAGACGCUUCGACGAGGCCGACGAGAAGCUGGCCACUCUCUUCAACGAGAACAAGUGCUCCUUCGUGCAGACGAAGAGGCUCAUUGGGUGCACGACCACCGCAGCCGCCAAAUACAAGUCGCUGAUCAAGGCUGCAAAGCCGGACGUCGUCCUCGUCGAAGAGGCCGGAGAAAUUCUCGAGGCCCACGUGCUGACGGCCCUGCAUAGCGAAACGAGCCAGCUGAUCUUGAUCGGAGACCAUAAGCAACUCCGACCUAAGAUCAACAACUAUAAGUUGAGCGUCGAGAAGGGGGAAGGGUUCGACCUCAACCGCUCGCUCUUUGAACGGCUGAUUCUCCACGGGCACGAACACAUCACGCUACAGAAGCAGCACCGCAUGCAUCCCGACAUCUCGGACAUUGUGCGGCAGAUGACGUACCCUGCUUUGUUGGACGACCCCAAGACUGAAGCACGAAAACCUCCCAAGGGACUGCACGGCAGACUGAGCUUCAUCAACCACGACCACCCCGAGGACCUGGCCGAUGACAUCACCGAUCGCCGCGACGACGGCGCCCCCUCUAGCAAGCAAAACCGUUUCGAGGCGCAGAUGGUCCUGAAGCUUGUCAAGUAUCUGGGCCAGCAAGGAUAUGGAACUGAGAACCUGGUUGUUCUCACGCCCUACCUCGGGCAGCUUCGUUUGCUCAGGGACAUGCUGAGCAAAGAGAACGACCCAUGGCUCAACGACCUCGACUCGUUCGAGCUCACCCGCGCGGGACUGAUGACCGCGGCGGCGGCCAAAGUGAAAUCUGGACCAGGGAGAAUCAGGCUGUCUACUAUAGACAAUUAUCAGGGAGAGGAAAGCGACGUUGUCAUUGCUUCUCUGACAAGAAGCAACAGCAAGGGCGACAUUGGAUUCAUGAAGGCGCCCGAACGCCUGAAUGUGCUGUGCUCCCGAGCUAGAGAAUGCCUCGUCUUGAUAGGGAACAUGGAAACGUUCAUGGCAUCUUCGCAGGGCAAGGCGGUCUGGAAUCCAUUCUUCGAAUUGCUCAAGGAGAAGGGGUAUCUUCAUGAUGGCGUGUCCAUCCGGUGCGAACAGCAUCCCGAAAAGACGGCAUUGCUAAAGCAACCCGAGGACUUUGAUCUCAAGUGCCCAGAUGGAGGCUGCGACCAAGUCUGCAAUGCCAUUUUAUCAUGUGGAAAACACCCAUGCCAGAUGCGUUGCCAUCGGAUUGUGGACCACAGCAAGUCACCGUGUGACCAACGCAUCGAGAAGACAUGCGACCGCGGCCACAAGUUCCGCGUCCCUUGCAGCAAGCAAAACGUCGCGUGUCACUCGUGUCUUAAGGAAGACGAGGAUACCCGAAGGAGGAUUCAGCGAGACCUCAAGAUGGAAACUGAACGCCACUUGGCACAGAAACGGUACGCGCAGGACCUUCAGCAGAUACAGGACGAGCUUGACCAUGAACGACGUCUACUCAAAUUCGCUCAAGAGCAAGACGACCACGAAAAGACACUUCAGAAGACGCGCGAAGAGCUCGAGGCCCUCCGACAGACGAGAUCUCGAGCAGAGACGAUGAAGGCGGCGGCCAAAGCCCAGUCAAAUAGCCAGGCAAAUCACGUACAGGGCGACGAACCUAAGCUGCAUGAACCUCCUGCCCCCAAUAGUGCCGAGUCAGAAUGGGCCAGCAUGAAGCGGGGUGGGGCGAGCAGCACUGUCUUGGAUACGCUGAUGGGCAUGAUUGGCCUGGAGAGUGUCAAGGAGGAGUUUCUAUCAAUAAAGUCCAUGGUCGAUACUGCGGUGCGACAAAACAUCUCGCUGUCAACCGAGAGGUUUGGCUGCACACUCUUGGGAAACCCUGGCACUGGCAAAACAACUGUGGCGCGAAUCUACAGCAAAUUUCUGACCUCAGUUGGUGUCAUAGCCGGCAGCGGCUUCAACGAAACCUCCGGAUCGAAGCUUGCGUCGAUGGGAGUCGCGGCCUGUCAGAAGAUGCUGGAAGACAUGCUCAACGAUGGUGGCGGAGUCGUCUUCAUCGACGAGGCCUACCAGCUAUCGUCCGGAAACAGCCCCGGCGGCAAAGCUGUGCUUGAUUUCCUGCUUGCCGAAGUUGAGAACCUGACAGGAAAGAUUGUCUUCAUCCUGGCCGGCUACAGCAAGCAGAUGGAGUCUUUCUUCGCCCACAACCCAGGCUUCCCCAGCAGGUUCCCGAAAGAGAUGAAGUUUGACGACUACAACGACGAUGAGCUUCGGCGUAUCCUCGAGGCGCAGAUUCACAAGAAGUACGGGGGCCGCAUGAGGUGGGACGAUCCUCUUUACGUCCGGGUCGUCUGCCGGAGACUCGGUCGAGGACGUGGUAAAGAAGGAUUCGGCAAUGCGAGAGCGGUCGAGAAUCUUCUCGCCAAGAUUUACGGCCGGCAGGCCAACAGAAUCCGCAAAGAACGCCUCGCCGGGGGGACCCCGGAUGACCUCAUGCUCACCAAGGAGGACCUGGUAGGCCCGGAACCCUCCAGCGCUCUCAGCAAUUGUCAAGCCUGGGCCGAGCUACAACGCCUCAUUGGUCUCUCGUCGGUCAAAGAGUCGGUUCGAGCCUUGGUCGACAGCAUCCAGACGAACUAUGUUCGAGAACUUGCGGAGGAGCCCGUCAUAGAGUAUUCCCUGAACAAGGUCUUUCUCGGGUCGCCCGGGACAGGGAAGACCACAGUCGCAAAGCUCUACGGCCAGAUCCUGGUCGAUAUUGGAUUGCUUUCAAAUAGAGAAGUGGUCGUCACGAAGCCGUCCGACUUUGUGGGCGCCGUUUUGGGCGGCUCUGAAGCGAAUACAAAGGGCAUUCUCGCAUCAACUGUGGGCAAGGUCCUCGUGAUUGACGAAGCGUAUGGCUUGUAUGGCGGUGGCGGCUCAAGCGGGGGUGUCUCCGAUCCUUACAAGACCGCAGUCAUCGAUACGAUUGUUGCCGAGGUCCAAAGUGUCCCAGGAGAGGACCGCUGUGUGUUGCUCCUCGGAUACACAGACCAGAUGGAGGAAAUGUUCCAGAACGUCAAUCCGGGCCUCAGCCGGCGGUUCCCUAUAUCUUCUGCAUUCGUGUUCGAAGACUUCAGCAGACCCGAGUUGAUGACGAUCCUCGAUCUGAAGCUCAAGCAACAGGGGUUCUCGGCCACCGAUCAAGCCAAAGAUGUAGCCGGUGACAUGCUGGAGCGCGCGCGCAACCGCCCGAACUUUGGAAACGGGGGCGAGGUGGACAAGCUCCUGAACGAAGCCAAGGGCCGCCACCAGAAACGCGUCUCGUCUAAGCAGGCCAAACAUGUUUCUACCCUCGAGGCCCUGGACUUUGACGAGGACUUCGAUCGGGCGGAACGCGCCGACACCAACGUGGCCAAGCUGUUUGAGGGCACGGUCGGCUGCGAGAAGAUCGUCGCCACGUUGGAAGGAUUCCAGGAGAGCGUCCGAUCCAUGAAAGCUCUUGGUAUUGACCCCAAGCAGAAUAUCCCAUUCAACUUCCUCUUCCGCGGGCCCCCUGGAACGGGCAAGACGUCGACCGCGACGAAAAUGGGCAAGGUCUUUUACGACAUGGGGUUCUUGGCAAACGACAAGGUCAUAGAAUGCUCAGCUUCCGACCUCAUCGGACAGUAUGUUGGACAGACGGGCCCAAAGGUCCUGCAGGCUCUCGACAAGGCUCUCGGGCGAGUGCUGUUCAUCGAUGAGGCGUACCGGCUGGCCGAAGGCCCUUUCGCCAAGGAGGCCGUCGACGAGCUCGUUGAUGCCGUGACCAAAGACAAGUACAAGGGCCGUCUUGUCAUCAUCCUGGCGGGGUACGACGACGACAUCAACCGGCUGCUUUCGGUCAACCCCGGCAUGUCUAGCCGCUUCCCCGAGGUCAUCGACUUCCACAGCCUCAGCUCGGAGCACUGCUUCGAUCUCUUAUACCAGGUACUUCUGAAACAGAAGCGCGAGCUUGAGAGCAAAAAGGUAUCCGCCCGCCUCGUGCUGGACUGCCUUCAGCACCCCGACGCAGACUUCAAGGACGACAUAGUGAGCAUAUUCCGCGCGCUCUCCAAGCAACCCAGCUGGGCCAGCGCCCGCGAUGUGGGAACCCUGAGCAAGUCAAUCUUUCUAAAAGCCCUCGAGUCCCGUGAGGGGCAGUGCAUCACGGUCACGGAGGCCGUGGUCGAGACGGAGAUCGAAAAGAUGCUUGACGAGCGCGCUACCCGUGGCAAACAAGCGGGCACGAUGCGCGGAAUGCUUGGGCUGCAGGAUAUGCCGAUGGCGACCCCGCCCCCUCAGACCCCGCACAAAAUCACGACACAGAAUCAGACGGCCGUCGAGGAAGAGGAGGUGACUUACACCCCCCCUGAAAGCCCGGUCGAAGGGGUCGGGGAGGAGGAGGUGGAGGAGUGGGGAAAGCACAAGGCCAUCCGGGACGUUGGCGUCAGCGACGAGGUCUGGGAGCAGUUGGAGAAGGACAAGAAGGCCGAGGAGGAGAGGGACGCCAAGUACCAGGCCAUGACGGAGGCCAAACGCAGAGCGGUCGGCGCCGCGCGGGAAGCCAUUCUCAGACAGUUGGUCGAGGAGGAGGAGCGGCGCAAACAAGAAGAGGAGCAGCGCAAGAAGGCCGCGAUGAUGGGGAGAUGCCCUGUGGGGUACGAUUGGAUAAAACAGGCUCAGGGGUUCAGGUGCGCGGGCGGGUCGCAUUUCAUUUCUGACGAGCAACUGGCGAGAUUCUGA